GCCCUCUCGACUCAUGAUCGUGGCCGCAACAGCUCGAACUCAUUGCUAUGGAUUCGCUGUCUUCGACUACUAACGGGACAUCGUCCUCGUGGGAGUCCGUCUUGACGAAUGCUCAAUCCUAUAAGGCGAGCAUUGUGUUGCUCACUCCUACUAUCGGCAUCGUUCUCUGGUUCUUCGCAUCCUGGCAGACUUCUUCUUUGAAGAGAUAUCCUGGUCCUUUUUUAGCAGGAUGGACCAAUCUAUGGCGUCUUGGGCAAGUCAUCUCAGCCGACUAUGCCCCUCGAAUGAAGAAGCUACAUGAGAAAUACGGACCCAUAGUGCGACUGGGCCCGAAUCUCCUAGACAUCGAUAUUCCGGAGCUGGUGAAGGUCAUCUACAGCACCGACGGAAAGUGGACAAAGUCAAACUUUUAUCAGAACAGCAGCUCAAUCAUCAAUGGAAAGAUCACAUAUCACAUGUUCAGCGAAGUCGACAAUGUCGAGCACGCCAGAUUGAAGAGACCUGUGGUCCGGCACUACUCCGUCCCCAGCGUGCUCGCAAUGGAGCCACACAUGGACCAGGUCAUUGACGAGUUCUGCGAUCAUCUUCAAAGCCGAUUCGUCGAUACGGGAAAGAAAUGCGACUUUGGCGACUGGCUGGCAUAUUACGCAUGGGACUUCCUCGGCUACGUCACUUUCAGCAAGAAGUUUGGCUACAUGGACGCAGGCCGCGACUUUGACGGCACGCUGGCUAUUGGAGACCAGUCGAUCGACUACCUGGGUCUCUGCGGACAGAUGCCGUGGAUGGACUACUGGCUCGACAAGAACCCGGUCUACCCUUUGGGUCCGCCAAACAUCUCCAACGUGACUAGGAUAGCUGUCGAGAACAUGACUGAGCGCCUCAAGGGCGAAGAUACAAACUCUACGUCUGAGAAGCCGGAUUUCCUGCAGUAUUUCAUCGAUUCCAAGGGAACGCAUCCUGAGAUUGUCAAUGAGGGUACGAUCAUUGGGUAUCUCCUGCUAAAUCUAAUCGCCGGCGCCGACACAACCGCCAUCACAAUGCGCGCCCUCUUCUACUACUGCCUCAAGAACCCCCAUAUCUGGAAGCGUCUCGAAGCCGAAGUUGUAGCCAACAUCCCCAGCGACAAGCCGGCAUCCCACUCCGCCGCCCGCGCCCUCCCCUACCUCGAAGCAGUCUGCCGCGAGACGACCCGCUACCACCCAGCCGUCUCCAUGACAAUGGAGCGCAUCGUCCCCGAAGGCGGCCUCGCGCUCCCCGACGGCUCCGUCGUACCCGGCGGCUCCCUCGUCGGCAUGAACCCGUACAUUGUGGGCCGCAAUAAGAGUGUCUACGGGGAGGACGCCGACGAGUUCCGCCCCGAGCGCUGGCUGCGGCAGGAGUCUGAGGGCGAGGAGGCGUAUAAGCUGCGGAUGAGGCAGUGGAACGCGGCUGAUAUCACGUUUGGCGGGGGGUCGCGUAUUUGUCUUGGAAGGAAUUUGAGUCAGAUGGAGGUGUACAAGGUUGUCCCGUCGCUGAUCUCGAGAUUCGAAAUUGAGCUUGUGGACCCCAAUGAGAAGUGGUGGACGAGCUCGCGGUGGUUUUACCGGACGAAGGGUGUUGUCUGUCACUUGAGGCGCAGAGCCGCAAAGUCGUGAGGCAGUAUUGCAGUGGAGGCUGUCAAAUGGGACAUGAGUGAGUAUCACACUCAUCUUGCGCACAUGAGAGAGGAUCGAAAGAUUAGUCAAUGUACUCUGAAGGUUGAUUACUAUUACUAUGCUACAACACACACGCAAAGUCUUCUCAUGCGGUGGGAGCGAAUGUUCCGUUGGCGCACUCGAAGCCGAGGUUGGGGUUCAGCGUCGGCAUCGCGUUCAUGCAGAUGAGCUUGGGGGCGCCGCAGCUCUGGGGAUGGAGCUUGAUGUCUCUGGUCUGGAAGUUUUUGCAUGACGUUUGGGUGUUGCACUCAAUGAUGACGGCCUCGGUGUGGGUGAGAUUCGGGAGUCCAGCAUUGUACCAGCAAGGCUACAUUUCAUUGUCAGCAUACGUGUAUUCAUCACAAAU